GUUGUUUUACAGAUGGAGGCUUUUGUUUGCUGGCACAAACAUCGAUUGAGAUACUUUACUCGAAAUCUGUGUUAAAGGGCUGGACUUUAAAGCGUGAAACGCAGAAUCACGCAUCACAAACGCGUUUCCGACUCAAGAGGCGUUCACCUGGUGUCACCGCGUCUGAUAGAAACUGGUGUUUCUGGUGUAACAGGCUGCUCUCGUCCAAUAGUAAAUGAGUCAUCUUAGUGUGUUGACGAGAAGGAAAUGCAAGCUUCAUUAUCGCUGCUAAAGUUGUGUCUCAUCAAGACAGAUGUACUAUAACAAGAGUGUCUUGUUUUUUCUCCUGGUUCCAGGAACUUCUUUACUAUUGUAUCUCUCGUAUUCCUAUAUGACAUUAGGGCAAUAUAAGAAAGAACCACAAAGGUACCCUCUUCCAAAACGACAAAACACAACAGCACCAAAAAAGGAUCCUGUAACCGAAGAACCAGAAAUAGACCAGGAAGUCCAGGAAGAUCCGGGGUUGUACCAUGUGGCCUACCCCCGCAAAUAUAAAUUUAUCAUUGACCAACCAAAGAUAUGUGAAGAGCAGAAGCCCUUCGUGGUGAUUAUUGUCCCGGUGCCUCCUUGGGACCUUGAGGCACGCAGUGGCAUCAGGAGGACGUGGGGUGGAGAAAAGCUCAUUGGGGACAAAGUGGUUCUGGUGCUGUUUAUGAUUGGCUUACAUAAUGGAAAUGAUCAAGAAACGUUGCAGGAGAAACUCCAGAAUGAGAGCCAGCAGUACAAAGACCUCCUCCAGAGCAACUUCCUGGAUUCCUACAAGAACCUGACCAUUAAAACCAUGAUGAUGAUGGAGUGGCUCAGCAGGAGUUGUCAACAGGCAUCCUUUGCUAUGAAAGUAGACGCUGACGUGCUCGUUAACACAAACAAUCUAAUAAAUAUGCUUGUGAGUCUGAACCCAGUACCAACCAACUAUAUGACCGGGCUGGUGUGGUACGGAAACAUUGUCAUUCGAAAUCCGUUAAACAAGUUUUAUCUCCCCUAUGACGUGUACCCCAAAGACACAUAUCCGCCGUAUCCUCUAGGCAUGUGCUACAUCAUUUCUCUGGACCUGCCGCAGAAAUUUAUUCAGGAAUCUAAGCACAUUAAGGCCAUUUUCAUAGAGGAUGCAUAUCUUGGCUUGUGUUUGGAGCGUAUGGGUAUCGCCCCAUCUCUGCCGCCACAUAUAGAACAGUUUGUGGUGAACCCACCGCAGUACAAUCGCUGUUACUAUUCUGGACUGAUAGCUAUACUUACGGGCAACACAAAUCAGAUGGCGUCUUACUGGACAGAUAUUCAUUCAACCAGCAAUCCAUGCUGAGGUGGAAACGUCCAGGCUAAUAGGACAUACUGCAAUAUUUUGUGUAUGACGAAGACAUUUUUUUAUAUUAUUAUUUCUUUUUUACAUUAAUGGUUCGCUUUAUAUAAAUGUACAUUUUGUGUGUUGUGUGAGCAACACACAGUAUCCUCAGGAACAUAGACCUAUGUUUUACAUGUAAAAACAUGUAUGUAUUUUUUGUUAUAUAAAGUUUGAGACAUGUUAGGGGCAUGUUUUAAGUUAUUUAAGAAUGAAAUAAUUUGCUUGUUGAUGUUGAACACUUACUGUUAAAAGGUUAUCUUGCAUAAAGAAAUGUGCAUUUUCAGCUGAAAGCUAAGCUUGCACACACUCGUUCCCAGUGUUGGGAAGGUUACUUUGGAAAUGUUACAGAUUGCAAGCAACUCUAUUUAAAUAGUAAUAAGUAGUGUGUUACUUUAUCAAAGUAAUGUAACGGAUUGCAUUUACUUUUGGAUAACUUUUAUAAAAUUCUGAAAGGUUUUCAAAUAUUAAUUAUUAUUAGAAAUUAGUCUUGCUAUUAAACAGAUUUCAUACUGAGCAAUCCAUACUGAGGUGGAAACAACCAAGUUACAGUAUAUACUGCAAUAUUUGCUUGAUGGUUACACUACAUGACAUUUUUCAGUCAGAAAAUGCCAAGUCCAACACUGCUCAUGCCAUGCUUGACAAAGAAAUAUGAUUCUACCUGGGGUAGAUGCAAAGAGGCCUUUGUGAUCCCAAUAAGGUGGCAUCCAUUUAAUAAUCUGAAUUAAAAUUAUUACUUAUA